GUUCGGCGGUGCAAGUAACGCGACUGCAAACCAGCGUCACAGAGUGGAAAGAUUUCUUUGGCAAUUGUGAUUCCAAAAGGAAUAAAUGGGCAAAUGCCAACGGAAGUGAAAACUGUCUCCGAAUGACCGCAUAGUUGGACUAUAGUUCUUGUGAAAAUGAAAGUUAAACGUACGAUUACGAUGCUUCUUAUUUCGUUGUUGGCCAUUCUACACAGCCACAGCUGCAGCGGUGGAACGCAAACGUCGGAGCAGCUUGGACAGCAGCCGCUUAUACAAUUGAGUCACGAUGACUCAGACGAUGAUUAUCUGGAUACCAAAGACGAGAUCCAUUUGGAAGACUUCUUUUGGACCGGCUCGGGGGGGCCCCCCGACUAUCUCAAGAAGGUCCACACGGGUAUUAGUAGGGGCAAGGAUGUGAUCGUUAAGACAGAAACUGUGGUGGCCACCGUUUAUGUGGAUGGUAACAAUGAAAUCGAUAUUCCCAUUUGCCUGGAUUGCAGGCCUGAUGAUGGGGGCGGUACUUGGGAGAUGGGCGCUCCUGGAAUGCCCCCACUAAACUACUCGGCGACAGAUCGUCGCUAUUGGUUACUGACGGUCAUGUCGGGCUUCUAUACGUCCAAGGAUAACCCCAUUCUUGAGGAGAAGCUGGCGCGUCUAUAUCGUCUGGCUUUUACCAGGCAACAAACACGACAUCUGGGAAUAAAUGGGGCUCAGCAAAUCGAAGGCGUUAUAGUACAAGCUCCCCGAGAGCGUCGCAAAUCAUCUCCCCUGGCAACAUCGACAACAAAACCCCAACCCACGACGUAUUCGCCCGCCGAUGAUGUGGAAAUAUUGGACAUGGGAGCUGAUGAUGAGCCCUACAUUAAAACAGUAAGGGCGCUGGGCGAAAGGAGUGAAUGGUCAAGUGAUUCGGACGAGGAAACGGGCGAGCGGGCCAGCACAGCUUCGGCCACGCCAAUAACCAGUACCGAGUCCAUAGACUACAGCGCCUUCGUUACACUGAUACCCUGGGAGCUUAUACAGCAGAACGGAAAGUCGGAGAAGUUGCAGGAAAUGAAGAUGGAACAACAACAACAACAGCAGCAAAGCCCACAACCAUCUGUACCGCUCUAUAGGGACGGGCGUGUGAGGGUUGUCAUACACAACCUCACACAAAUUAGCGAGGCGGAUGUGCAGAACUGGAGCACCAAUACCAAUACCAAUACCAAUGGGGAUGCCUUGGAAAACAUAAACUUUGUCAAUCUCAAGUUCAGCGAUCGUCCUAUAGCCAAUCAGACGGAGCUUAUUUAUACGGUUCUGGUGAAUGGACGGCCGGUGCUGGCUACGACAGCCGCCAAAGACAUGGAACUGGUUAGCGAGGCCGAGGCGGUCAGCACUUUCGGGCAGGCUAUAUACAUGAAAUCAGAACCCUACAUCAGGGAGCCCACGGCUACAGCAUUGGCGCCUGUUCCGCGCAGUGGCCAGGCGGGCUUCUUCAAUUCGGUCAAGAAUAAUGUGGCCUUGGUGGUGAUCAGUUCCCUGGCCAUCCUCCUGCUGAUGCUUCUGCUGUUGGCUGUUCUGCUGCUGGGCCGUACACGUGCCCGACAAAGGGAACUUAGUGCAGUUAACAGAAACUUUUCUCGCAAUGAGUUGCUUUCGGAAGGCCAAUCUAUGCGGCCUUCGACCACUGAGGCAAUCGACGGUGACCGAGAUGUCGGGGUGCAGAACUUUUCCUACGAGAGAGAGCCACGCAUUAGCUUCCCAGCACCACCAGUGGACCGGACGCAAUCGCAAUCGCAAUCACGCUCCCGACAGGACUCCAUCUCUUCGACAGACAACACCUCCGACUCGUCGGUGUACUGCCCCAUCAACCCUCCGAGUGCCGAUGUGCAACGAAUACUGGAUGAGAAGGCGGCUCGACUUUUCGACGGCCACAAGAGGCGGCACCAGUAUGACCGCGCCGAAGGGCACGAGGAUACCGUCUACACUUCGGUAGUCUCCGAGAAGAAAGGCGACAAGUCCAGGCACAAGUCGAGGCGUCGAUAUUUAAAUGAGAACCGCGUCGGCUCCCUUGAGACCAGUCCUGUUCAGGGCUCUCUGGCCGGACACUCCUCGGCCGAGGAGGGCAGCCACGGCUCCCCGGAUGCUCUCCGGCGUAGCUAUGAAAACUUUCAGCGGAACGAGGCAUACAAUCUGCACAACAACUACCACCGCAAUAAGCUGCUGAAGCAGCAAUCGGCAGGGGAAAAGAAGUUCGCUGCUUCCCCAGAAGCCAUAAACAACGAGAUUAUUCGCACCUUGCAGCCCUCUGACAAAUCAUCCGACACCGCCAGCGUAGGAUCAUUUCUCUCAAUGGCUUCCGUGCGGGCCUUCCCGAAGAGCACUUUGCCGGAACCCCUGAACCGUGUCCUGGAUCCCGUUUUCGUCACGUACUACGACAAUGUGAAUGCAGUUGCCCCGAAGACAGGGGCACCGCACAGCUCCACGAGAUCCCUAAAGUCACAGAAAUCUGUGGGCAGUAAGGACCACAGCACCAUAGCCGCCAUAGCCAGCUUUCCCAGUCCCAAGGCGCCGCCGAAUUCUGUUCGCAAUGUGCGCUCGGCUGCGGCUGCGGCUGCGCACAGCGAUAAUCCAGAUCCAGGUGUGGUUGGUCCCGUCGUCUGGGAGCGACACAAGAAACGUUUAGCGGCCGCCGAAAGUCAGGAGGCUCUGGCCUAUGCAGACUAUAACACAAGUCCAUUUCACAAUCCCUCGGCUAUACGCAACCAUUACGAGGGCUUACUCGAGGGCGCCUUGCAAAUGUAUGCCAGCCAGGAUGAUAUUCCCAUGCCCUUGCCCACACACAAUUUCACAAAUAGUAGACGCGCCACCAAUCGUGAGCAUCGAGGCUCCUCCGCAGGAUUGCCCAGCUUUUAUCCAACAGCCAGCACCAGAGCGGCAGCCGAUCGGCCAGCGACGGCCCAGCCGGAGAAGACCGCAAAGUUGACGUCGACGCAGCCACCCUCUCCCACCCAUAGUGCGUGGGGCGGGGGCAGCAUGUAUAGCUCCCAUUCAACGCUGAAUCGUCCUUUGAGUGCAGGUCACUAUCACAGAGCAGAGGACACGUCGGAGGUACCAAAGCAGGCAGCCGCAACCACUGCCUCAGCCUCAGCCUCUGCAGCGCCUCUAAUCGAGGCCAUACAAACUGAAUUGCGAAAGUUUAAGCAGCAGUACGAUUAGGAAGCAUCUUCUGACGGCAUACAGAGCAUUCGUAUAUUUAAUGUAUCACAAAAUAACCGUAACGAACAUUUUGCAACUAAUUUAGAAUAAACUUUUCUCAAACUUGCUUGCAUUCC